GAUAAGUGAUAAGAUAUUAUCGAAAACAAACAAAACUUUAAAAGUGUUUUGAUUCAUUUUUUAAAAACCUGUUAAUUUCCAUUUUUAAUUGUUUUCGAACACACGUCUAUUUUAUCCAUUUUGUUGUUUUUACCUAACCACAUCGAUUUCAACGUGUGCAUCUAUAGCAUUGGCUUUGAGCAGUUUAAGCAUGGUGCUUUAACACGAUUUUUGAAUCUUGCCGUCUUGUCGAGGAUCAUAUUUUCAACAUACCAGAAAACUAUAAGUGACUUGUGAAUAUAAUCGUCAUGUGGGAAAUUAUCACCUAUGGGUUUGCUAUGAUAAUGACUGGAGCGUUAUUAUUCCUUAUGAUAUACUCUGUAUCCUUUUACAAUUACAACUUGUUGUUAAAUAGUAGGUACCAUCAGUACUUAUGCACUUAUCCACACACACAAAGUCAUCAUCAACACCACGAAUACCUACACCGUUAAUUAUGUUUUACAAAUUAUUAUUAUUUAUAGGUAUAUGUCUACUUAUUAUAUAUUUACCUAUUAUAAAAUAUUUUUAAUAUUUUUAAUGAUUAAAAUAUUAUUUUCCUCAACAACUACCUAAUUUAAUUAGAUUAUAACAUUGUCUGAUCUUGAAUGUGACUACUUAAAUGCUCAAGAAUGUUGUUCUAGACUAAAUUUUGUAAGUACCAUAUACACUACUAAAUACAUCAUACAGCUUACUUUGCUUAAUUUAGAAUAAAAGACAUUUUUUUUUAUGCCGUAAUGGCUGUAAUCAUUACUAAAGUUAUGCAGCCUUAUUGUGACUUGGUCAACCACAUAAUAUCAUACAUUGAUCACAAGUAAAUAAUAAUGCAAUGGAAACCUUUAGUUUUUUGUAAAUUUGGUUAAUAUGUACUGACAUUUUCUUUCUUUGUCUGCAACGUAACAAAUUAGACCAAUUAUUUUUCUAUCAGUCCAAUCAAUGUAGUAAAGGAAUACAAAUUCUGAAACCAGAUUUGAGUUUGGCAUGAGGUGUAUAUUUAUUUUCCAAAAAAGUUUUGCAAUUUUGAUUAGUAAAUUAAAAAAAAAAAAAACAGACAUUCUUCAGAUGGAUGGGCCACUGUUAUAGGUAAAAAGUUAGAAGGUAGAUGGGAAAUUUAAUGUAUAUCUGUGUAUAAUAAUUAACCAUUGCUAACAAAAAAAGAUUCUGAGCUGCGUUCGGUUAAUAGUGUUGCUUUGUCAACAAUAUAUUAAAUGUUACAUCAUUCCAAAAUAAUUACAUAAUAUGUAUAAUAUAUUUUCUUUAGUAAUAUGUGUUGAAAUAGUGGAUCUAUUUUUCCGGUUUUUACCAUAUAUUCUCGAUUUGUCGGGAAAAAUUAUGUGAAAAUCAAAAAAAUGACUUUUUAAUGUACCAUUCCAGUCAGAUUUCCUUUUAGAAUACGUGCUAUCAUUGUAAAUCGGAUAAAAAUUGCUAGUAGAAAAGUUGUUCACAAGAAAAAAACAAUUUUUUUUACUAAUACCUACAGUUCUCUUAUUUUCUCUUUUUUUCCCAUUUAUUAGAAAAAUAAAAAAAUGAUUCCCUAAAGUAUCACCCUAGAAAAAUUUACUUUCAGAAAAGGUGCUAUGCUUGAUACUUUGGAGCAAGUUUUCUAGUAGAAUUUUUGUACACAGUAUAAAAAAAAAUUGACAUCUUUGUAAAACCAAUAUAUUCUUCGCUACACUCAGAAUCUAAUUGUUUGUUUUUAACAUUCAUAGUAGGUAUCUUUUUUUGUAUAUUAUACAUAAUUUAAUAAAACACACAUGUUUUGUUAUUUAUUACUCUGUUUAUUGCUGAGAAAUUAUUUUACAUUGUUACGUAUUAUAAAUACCAUGUACAACUACUUUUGUAGAAUUAUUUUCUGUUUAAUGUGUUAGAAAAUUAAUUUUUUUUAGCUUCGGUAUAUUUAUUGUUAUAGCCAUAGUAAUCUUUAUCUAUUUCCUUUUUAAAUGUUUAAACACAAAUAUUAUAUUACUAUAUGGUUAUAUAAUUUGAUAUCUUACUAAUGGUUCAUUUAUGGUUCAUACCAAUGUUCGGUAAACAGAAAUAAAGUUAUAAUAUAUAUAUAUACAGGAUUAAGUUAGGUUAUAUGUUUUUUUUAACUUAAAUUGGUUGUAUAUAAUAUAACAACCUCUAUAUUAAGAACUAUUACAUUGACUAAGUGACAAAUUCAGUUUAUAAUCAACGUCCCUCAUAUUAUAGCGAUAAAAUAAAUUUACACCAUGUAGGACGUAGGUAUUAUAUCUAUAGGUAUAAUCUUAUGAUAGAUAAACAUUAGACAUACAGCUGCCAUUAAUAAAUUGAUUUAUACCUACCUAGUGGAUUUCCAUUGUAUAUUUAAUUUUUAUAUACAUCUAUGAAAUAAUAAUCAAAAAAACGUUAUUUUUGACUAACAUAAUAUUAAAACUGAGUUUAUUUCUAUGUAGUUUUUUACUUCAUUACCAAAAUCUUUUUCUGCCGUUCGUAUGUUCAUUUGUUAUUUACUUUAUUUUAUGGUUGACAAUACUGAUGAAUGGUUGUGCUGUUUUAUCAUAUUUGAUUAGAUAUGUUUCUAUAAAUAUGGUGCUAAUAUACAAACUAAUGAUGUAAAUAAUUAUUAAUACAUAUUUGGACGCAUUUAAGUCAGAUUUCACAUUUAAAUAUCAAUAUGGCCAUAUGUGACUAAACCAUGUGAUGAUAUCACUGAUAUAGAGUUCAAUGAAUGUAAUUACUGUACUAUUUAUUAUUAUUAUUUUUUUUUUUCUAGUGGGUUCAACCAAAAAUCUUUGCUCAAACAUUAAUAUUUAUAGUAUUUUUAACAGACUUUAAUUGGUUGAUGUCCUUGAUGAACUUACCAGCUGUUGUGUGGGUAAUUUAUGAGUAAGUUCUGAAUACAUAUUAUAAUAAUAGUAAAUAUGAUUUGUAUUAAUUUUUCUUUUGUAUACUAUUGUAUAGAACUAUCAAAGUUCCUAAAGGAAAUACUGGAUUAUUUGAUCCAGCUGAAAUCCAUCAUCGUGGUCAAUUGAAAAAUCAUAUGCGCAAUGCUAUAUUAUAUACAGCAUGGUACCUCGUUUCAUUUUUUUUCUAUUUGUAUUUGUAAGUAUAAAUAAAAACAAACAUACAUUUUUGUAUACAAUAUAUGUAUUACCAAUGAACAUUUUUUAUUUGUUUUAGCAUGAUAUUGGCUAUACUGAAAGGCAAUCCCUUAGAGACUGAAGCUCCUCAGCAUGUAAAUAAAUUCUAGUUCUUAUUUUUGCAUAUCUUAAUGUUUUUUAAGAAUAGGUUUGUGUUAUUCUUAUUUUAAUUUUAAAUAAUAUUCUCACCCACCAACUAUAUAAUAUAAUAUAAUUAAAGAAAAAAAAACCCAUAAUAAAUUUAUUUACAAGUAGAUAAUUAAAAAAAUAAUAAUGAAUGGUGUAAAAAAACAGUGGUGGAUUUAAUGGUAGGGUAAGUUGGAUAUGUCUGACCAGCCUCGAGCCCCCCUGACAAAAUAUAAAAAAAAACAAUUGUCAUUUACAGAUUGAAAGAAGUGCAAUAUUUUUUUGUUAACAUUUUUUACUCUACCUGUACAUACAGUUGUGCAGAAAGAUCCAUGAGCUCUUUGAAAAUAAAAACAGAUUAUCGCAGUUUGACUUAAACAGAUCACCUUAACAACCAUAAUAUGUUAGUUGUACAUUAAACGAGAGAGUAGACAAAAUUAAUUUAGAAAAUGCUGUUAAUUCAUUUUAUUGAAAAUAAAAAUUAAUAAUAUUUUUGUUUUAUUGAAAUACGAGGUCCGCAUUUUUUAUUCUUUGAAAGUACGGAUAAGAAAUAAAAAUAUAAAGUUUAUGUUUUAUAUUUAUAAUUAAUUACUCAGUUAUUAAAAACAAACAAUAUAUUCCAUAGGGACCUUCACAAGCAAAUAAUGCAUGGAGUAAUGGUCAAAUUUUAUUACAAAUUCCAUGCUAGACUCUCCUUGCACACAACCCCCUUAUAUAUAUCAAACCUCAGAAAACCAAUUAAUCUAAAUCAAUAUAUUUAAUGCAGAUUACAAUAAUAUAAUGUACUUUAAAUUUAAUUAUAAUUAGUAUUAAAAUAAAUAAAUGUAGUAUAACAUAAUAUUUUUUUUCACUUGUAAAUUCAAAUAUAUUUAUAGCCUUAAAAACUAAUAUUCUUAAGCUGGGCUUUUCUCCUCAAAUCCGCCACUGAAAAAAAACCAUAAAUCAAAAUAUAUAUAAUAUAUAAAUUUAUAAAAGAAGAAACUUACUGAAUGUCAUAUAGAAUCGCAAAUUGCUGGGUCUAGAAACUUUAAAUUUUCCAUAUAGAUUCUUUCUAAAAUAUACGGACCACUAAGAAAAGUUUUUAAAAAUUUAACCCUUAACAAGUUAAAAAAAAGAGUGUCUAAAUUUGUAUGAGAAAAUUUAAAUUACAUUUAACAAGUGAAAAUCCAGUCAGAAGUCAGAAAAAUAUGAUAAAUAUGUAUACAUACUAGUGAUGGGCGUAUCCGGAUUUAAGAAAUUUAGAUUUCGCAGAUUAUCAGUCAUAUUUUGUUAGUUAUAAAGUAUCACUCAAUUAUUUUUGAUACUUGACAUUAAUUUUUAUUUGAUACAUUUACAGGUUUAUAAUAAAAAUGUAUACGUACCUAUAUAAUUAUAUCACCAACAAUAUUAUUGCUGUAUAAUCCUUAUGUAGCAUUUUCAAUAAUCAUUCGAUAAUUAAGUAAAGAUAAGUUAAUCGUAGUGGGUUUAUCAUGGGUUGGUUUUCCUUAGAAUAUUUAAAAUGUACGAGUUUAGAAUAAUUAUCACCGUGCAUCUAACCGUGUAGUUCUAUACUUAAAAUGAUUAUUGUUAUAUUAGUAGAUUACAUAAACACAAUGAAUUCUUUUUAUAACAAGCAAUCUUAUAAUUAACAUUUUCGUCAUUAGAUAUCACUUUAAGUUGUAUGAUUCGGUCGGUUAAUCUAGACAUUCGAAUUUCAUGCCCAUCCCUAUUUUAUUAGAUUCCUAAUAAAAUUUUACCUAUACCAUGUUAUUCUAUUCAGUUAUAUGGAGCUUUUAUUCCUAUUGUCAAUAUAAUUUAUUCUUGUAUUUUAUAGUUUAUAAUUUAUUAUUAUUUUUUGAAUAAUAUUUAUUAUGAUGAAUAUCCUAUUUAUUUGUACAUAGUUAAGUCAGUUUUUAGUUUUUAUUUAACUUAUCACUUUUUAUUUCUCUAAAUUUUGAACAGACAACAAAAGGGAAAUUGCUUACCCUAGAUCAUUUUAUCACUUAACUAUAUAAAUACAUACAUAUUCACAGGAAUUUCCCAAUUCAUUUGAAUAGAGUCUAGCCUAUUUCUUGUAUUUCCUAUUCUUACAUUGGCAGUUUGUGUAUUGCUUGUUGUUGAUGGCCAAAGUGAAAUUAUAUAUAUAAUUUGUAC